AAAGCGCGGUCUCCUUGGCUGCCGAUUUCACUUGCGUUUCAGUCUCAAACGGGUGCAGUCAGCAGCAGAAACGUGAAUCGAUCUGAAAUAUUCGAACUCUGAUCGGAUAGAUUUUUAGAGUGUUGUGUGCAUUUGCGAGAAAGGAGACAGCCGCACAAUGAUGACAAACCGCUUUGCUAGCUUCGCCUUGGCCUUCCUCCUCUUCUGCCUCUUGGCCAUCUCGAGCAUCGAGGGAGCUCCGAUGCCCAGGUACCAAUCCAACGGCGGGGGCUACGGCGCCGGCUACAACGAACUGGAGGAGGUGCCCGACGACUUGCUCAUGGAGCUGAUGACCCGCUUUGGCCGCACCAUUAUCCGGGCUCGAAACGAUCUGGAGAACUCCAAGCGAACCGUGGACUUCGGCUUGGCCCGGGGCUACUCGGGCACCCAGGAGGCGAAACAUCGCAUGGGCCUGGCUGCAGCCAACUUCGCCGGCGGCCCCGGGCGGAGGCGGCGAUCCGAGACCGACGUCUAAGUCGCCCGUAGGAGUCCGGGCUGCGAACCCUGUGGACGCUAGCGACGAGUGUCAACUUCUCAACCCAAACUUGACCCCAUCUUUGACUCUUUCUCAGAGCUUUAAUUUGCUUUACGAUAGAUUGUUUGUUAUUCAUUGUACAUAUAUAUUUAUUACGGAUCUGUCCUCAUGUAUUCAUCGCAUACUUUCCUACAAGUCCUUUGCUGCGUUAUGAAAAAUCAAAAAUAUUCAACGGAUAUCGAAAUUAUAUAUUCCAAAGGCGAACAUGCAAAUAAAAACGUUGAACUGUUGCUCCGAAAGAAAAUGUUGAACACUAUUUAUGAAAAAUUCCAACUCAGAUUGAACUCAGUCUUAUUGCUCGUCCCGACCCAGAAAAAGGGUACAUCUAGAAAGGAGAAGGGAAGAUUUAAAUAAAUAUCCACGUAUAUAUUCAGUGUAAGCUAGAUCGCGCAAAAAAUCUUUAACUAGGUAUGUCUUACAUAAAGGAAAAGCUACACAAAAACACACUAAAGCAACACACUUUGGCCCCCAAAUGAAGCCAACAAAACCCCAACGAAACUGAAAGUUAAUUUCAUUCAUGGCCUAAUGGUCUCGCGCGACUUUUUAUUAUAUUGUAAAUACAGAUUACCAAAACACACGUACAACUAAUGCGAUACAAAUAUAUACUUAUUUAUAUAUAUAUAAUACCUACGGAAUUCUACUUGCAUAUAUUUAAUAAUUAUUGUGUCUAUGGAAAAAGCUGCAAACAUACAUAUAAUUACCGGGACGCGAUCAAAUAAAGUCUACAUUUUGAGAAACUUCA